AUGGCCACAUCGGAGUUGCUACAGUCGGCCGAAGAUAAAGACGAUUAUACAUUGUAUGAUACCGCCCUCUGUGAUGAUUUUUUUGAGGAAGACUUUGCCGACGAAACUGGAGUAUACUUUAUAUUUCUAGAUGACUGUUUGCGCGGGAUUUUUGAGGAGAAGUUUCAAGGGCUCGGUGAGAAUAAGAUGGGGAGAGUGAAGGAUAGAGCUGAUCGGGCGACUGUGGAACAGGUUUUAGAUCCUCGCACCCGUCUUAUCCUUUUUCGCUUGUUGCAAAGAAAUAUUUUUGCGUCGAUCGACGGUUGCAUUAACACAGGAAAAGAAGCAAAUGUUUACCAUGCCUUGUGUUCAGACGGGUACCGUCAUGGGUACUGUAGGCGUAAUCCUAGGAAAAUGGUAGCAACGUGGGCAGAAAAAGAAAUGCGUAAUUUGUCUCGUAUGCAUCAAGCCGGUUUGGCUGUUCCUAAGCCAAUUCUGCUUAAAGGACACGUGUUAGUAAUGGAAUUCUUAGGUGAUGACGGUUGGCCCGCACCGUUGUUGAAAACUGCCGAUUUGGAGAUGCCUUUAUUAGAGAAAAUUUACUUGGAUUUAGUUGUUCUCAUGAGGAAAAUGUAUAGGAGCUGUCGCUUAGUUCAUGCGGACCUUUCGGAAUAUAAUUUGAUUGUUCCUGUCCUAUCCCUAUAUAACCUUUUUAAAGUUAUCGCAGAUCCUGGAGUAGCUGAUGAAGCAAAAUUUGAAGAGCUGUUGAAUAAAAGAUCAUUGGAUAACUCAGAAGAUGAUGCUCUUUUUAUGAACGCUUAUAUAGCCCAUAAGCUAGAGCAUGUUUUGUAUUUUGAAAGAGAUGAAGAGAUCAGGAAAGAAGGAGGUGAAGUGCCCAAUCCUUUUCAAACUAUGCUCGCGAAGAUUGAACAUCGCAGUUCUUCUGAAACUGGUGAAGAAGAAGAGUCCCCAUCAGAAGAAGCCGCGUCCACUUGUAUGAAGCAAUCUGGGCCACCGCGCGAGGGUGUCACUAAUGAAAGUUGUAAAAAAAAGAAAGUGACUAAUUUUGUGAGAGAUCGCAACGAAUCUCCAGAAAGUAAAAAGAGGCGGAAACAGUUAGUCAAAGAAGAGCGACGUGAGAAUAGACUGACCAAAACGCCGAAGCAUAUCAAGAAGAGGCACGACAAAGUUGGGAAACAUCGCUGA